UGUGUGUGUGUGUGUGUGUGUGUCUGUGUGUGUGAGAGAGAGAGAGAGAGAGAGAGAGAGAGAGGGGAUCAGAGCGUCUGUGCGGCCACAGACAAGCGUCACACCGACACACAUCCGUCGCGCUUUACGGUGAAACGCUGAAACGCGCGACACAGGCCUGCGUCCGCCACCGUAAACCGCCACACAUAGCGGAUUGUUCGCGUCUCAUAUGAUACACACGAGCAGACAAACCCUCCCAUAGGAAACCGACGAGUGCUUAAUGACAGCGAUCGAGCGACUGGUCAGCAAGAAAACCGAGGAAAAUCCAGGAAUAACGCCGGACCCCGGGACGACUUUGUGUUCAUUCCCAGGGUUUGUGCUUGCAUCCAAUCUGAAGAAAACCAUGAAAUCCUCUACUUACAGCACCUGAAACAGAUGUCAAGACAGUGAUCAAGACACGAUGGAAGAGCCAUACAAAGAUUCUGUAGCUGUAGACAUGGCAAACACUCAGGAAGAGGCCUGCAAUGGUGGAGCCACUGCCACUGAUGCAGUUGGGAAACUCGAAGGAGAGGCCACUUCAAUUAUUCCAAUUGAGACGUGGAAUGUCAGCUCUCCAACUAUCACAAAGCGAUCCCUGUCACCCCUGCUAACAAUACAAGCCACCCCGGUGGUGACUCCAGCUGCUGAGUCUCCCAAUGGUGUUGCCCUGAAGGUUGCUACAACUGUACUUCAGCCAAUAUGCUUGGGGGAGAGUCCAGUGGUGUUGCCAAUCCUUGCUGGCCCAGCUGCCCCUCAAAUUGGACAAUCUGGGGCUACUUCAUAUCUGAUGACUAGUCAGGGUCCUGUGUCCCUACCUCUGGUCUUGGAACAACAAGUCCUCCAACACUUGAAUCCUCAGUUGCUUCAACAAUCAGCAACUUGUCCUGCCUUGCCACUACAGAAUAACAUUCUGUGCCAGAACCCUUCUCUUGCUCUCGGAGCACCUCCAAUCCUGGACCAGAAAGGCACAAGUCCAGUGUUUGAUACUAGUCUACUGACUCUUCUUCAGAACCCUAACCUUGCAGCCAUCUUGCAGGACCUCUUCCCUGGCCAGGGGAACUCUUCUCCAACUUGUCACCCAGCAUGUUCUCCACAGGUCGACCUUGCCUCUGCAUUUCUUCCUCCUCCGCCUCUCUCGCAGCCCUAUAGCUCUCCACUAGCCUCUCUUGUGCCACCAGCCACCUUGCUGGUCCCUUAUCCUAUUGUAAUUCCACUUCCAAUGCCUCUUCCAAUCCCAGUGCCAAUCCCUGUCCCGGUCUCCAUGUGCAAGAACUCCAAGAUAGAUGUAGACUGCCCUAAACCGGCUUGUACUUCUAGCAAAAGCACCCAGACUUCACCUAGUGACAUCUCCCCUCAAUUGACAUUUACCAGCAAGGAAAUGGUAGUAGUCCAACAGCCCCUUCGCACUUGCUCAUCCCCAGUAGUGACAGACGGAGAAGUGCUGGAUUUAUCCAUAAGGACACCUCAACCUUCAAUGCAUGUUGAUGUGCCACAAGGGAUCCAGCCGUUUCAGCAGGACAGUGUCCUUGAUUUGUCUAUUCCUAGUACAAGAAAGACAUGCAUCAAGACUUGUAGCAUGUAUGGGCCAUUGGCCCCGGAGCGGGAGAGAGAAUGCCACAUGGGGGACAAUGCUAGCAGUGGACCUUUGGCUCUUGGGGUUCUACGGUCAGUAGACUGCACACCAAAACUAGACACCAAGCUUUUAAGUGGUUUAGCAUCUCUAGAGUUCAGCAGACAGCACAAGUGGGUGGUAGACAGCGGUCAUGGCAGUGUAGUGGCUGGGGCGGUACAUGACUCUGCACUCAACGGAAGCGGCAACAUUGAGAUCGUCAGUACAUCGCAGACAGCCAAAGUCAUUGUGUCGGUCAAAGAUGCAAUGCCUUCCAUUUUCUGCAGCAAGCUAAAAGGAUUGUCAGGCGUUUCUACAAAGAACUUUUCCAUUAAACGUGAUGCCACUCAAGGGGGCUUCACAACACUACCCAGGGUCCCGGGGGAUCAGCGAGGAGAAUCCAGUGACCCGCUCAAAAAGAUCUCUAAAAACAGAGGCAUCAAACUGAAGAAAGUAAGCUCCCAGGAGAUUCAUAUACUGCCAAUAAAGAAGCAGCGACUGACAGCGUUUCUACCCAGAAAAUAACACAUGCUCUUGCUUUCAGAGGGAGAAGGGAAAACCAAUGUCUUAAGCUAAGAAACAGCUUCUGAGAUGGUUUGAGAAAUUUAACCAGGGUAUGAUGAUGAUGCUAAAUGCAUAAAAAGCCCUAAAGCUUUUUCUCCAAGCUGUUCAAAUGAUUUAGCCCGAUGCUGGCUUCCUCUGGUCUGACGGUUGGCAUUUCAUCCAUUCAUUAUAAAGCAAUCAGACGAAGUCAACAGGAAAAUGCUCCAAGUAAAAGAACCAAUCUGAACUGGCUCAAAUGCACUACUACUGAUAUUCUGUAGCAUGUUCAGCAUUAAUGCCAGAAUUGACUCCCUAUGCAUUUUGAUUCUUGGUCACACAUCCUCAUGAAUGAUUCAUCAAGCGUAAUCUGCAUUGUCAUUAAUGCAUGAGAUCUGUUUUGAAACCUGGCCAGCUGUCAGUGAGAAACACAACGUGCAGCACUGACAGAUUCUCCUCUCGCUAAUAUGCUUUUGCCAAAUUCUUGUUCUCCUCUCGCUGUUUACACUUGGAGUGCAAGACGUUUCCCAUUUUUGGUCCUAAUGAACUGUAGAAGGGAACAGUGACCUUUUGCUUCCCUAAUCACUGUAUUAAUCAGUGGGGCAUUGGAGCGGAGCAUCCUCUUUGAAGAACAUGAGGGGAGCUUCGGGGAGAGAGGAGCGCAGUACGACGGGGGCGAGUCUCUGGAGAUCCGCUUCAUACUUCUGUUCAGAGACGGACAGUCUGACACCAU